GAGCACUCCGAUUCAACUCGACUUGGGCAGUUUGAUGCCUCUAGCGAUGUCAAACUAAAUCCUUCGGCUAAUCAAGACAUCGAUUCAGAAACAGAUGAGAGGAAUAGAUUACCUGACUUAGCGCUUCCAAUUGGUGAAGAGGACGCCGAGGAUGAAGAUGAAGAAGACGAUGAUGAUGAAGAUGAAGAUAACAAUGCUACUGGAGCUGUGAUAAUUAAGGUGGAUACGUCUGAACAGUCAGGCGCUCUUGGUCUGCCUUUAGGUCGUUACACCGUUCGUACUGAGCUUCGUGAAGAGUACUUGCCGCGUCGAUUCCGUUCCGUCUUGGCCCUUCAACGUGCCCUUGCUUCGAGGGCUAUUAACGGCCCCGUUGGAGCCGCCGCCCCUUUCACCUGCAGCACCUCGAAUGUGUCUUCAAGUCACCUAGCUGGCGGGGCGAAUGGUUAUCCUGAUAUUACCAAUGGUAAUUCUAGCCUUCGUGGAAAUGGGCUUGCUGGAGAAGCCUACGAAGCGCAUAUGGGUGGUCUAAAGCGAGCUGUUGUCGAGAUGGAAGGUGAUGCCAGCCAGGCUGAAGAGGGGGAAGAUGAACAGGGCGAAUCUGGCUCUGGUGCUUUUGGCAGAACCGAAGGGUGGUCCAUCGGAGGAGAUGCUAAUGAGCACGGACUUCAGACAGGAGUGCUGAAUGUCGGAGAAGAGUUGUGUUGGUUCGAUCUAGUUUUCGCGAAUUGGCCGGAACAUCAGGGGGACCUUCUGGAACGUAUCUAG